GCGGCCCAUGGUACUUCCGGCAACAGCCCCGGGCCCGGGCCGAGCGCCGGGCGGGGAGCGGCGGGGGCGGCGGGAGAGGCACCGUGAGAGAAACCAUGCCAUUUUUGGGCCAAGACUGGAGAUCCCCUGGAUGGAGAUGGGUUAAAACAGAAGAUGGAUGGAAAAGAUGUGAACCCUUUAGUCCUGCGCUUGAGGAUGGGAAUAAUCAGCUGAAUGAUAUCAGCCACACUGUUAUCAUAAAUGGGGAUGAUGAGAAUGAAGAAGUGUACAAUACUGAAGACUGUGAGUUUGCAGCCAAGAAAAGGAAAAAAGAUCAUUUUAGGAAUAACACAGAUUCACAAUGUUUUUAUCGUGAAAAGUGGAUUUAUGUUCAUAAAGAAAGCACCAAGGAAAGACAUGGCUAUUGCACCUUGGGAGAAGCCUUUAACCGCUUAGACUUUUCAAGUGCGAUUCAGGACAUCAGGAGGUUCAAUUACGUGGUCAAAGUAAGCUCUUUAUUUGAUAUACCUAUUAUAAGAAUGCAUUUGCUGAUGUGCCUGUGUCUACAAAAAGAAUAUUUUUGCACUGAACAGCUUUUGCAGUUAAUUGCAAAAUCCCAGUUAACUUCACUGAGUGGUGCAGCACAGAAGAACUACUUUAACAUUUUGGACAAAAUUGUGCAGAAGGUUAUGGAAGACCAAUAUAAUCCACGGUUAAUCAAAGAUCUUCUGCAGGAUCUGAGUUCUACUCUCUGUAUACUGAUUAGGGGAGUAGGAAAAUCUGUGUUGGUAGGCAACAUCAAUAUUUGGAUUUGUCGACUAGAAACUAUCCUUCUGUGGCAGCAACAAUUAAAAAAUCUUCAGAUGAACAAGCAAGUCAACAAUGGACUUACACUUAGCGAUCUCCCUCUCCAUAUGCUGAAUAACAUCUUGUACAGGUUCUCUGAUGGCUGGGACAUUAUUACUCUGGGUCAAGUGACCCCAACUUUGUACAUGCUUAGUGAAGACAGACAGUUGUGGAAAAAGCUCUGCCAAUACCAUUUUGCAGAAAAACAGUUUUGUAGGCAUUUGAUUCCAUCAGAGAAAGGUCACAUUGACUGGAAGCUGAUGUACUUUGCACUUCAGAAAUAUUACCCAAUAAAGGAACAGUACGGGGACACCUUACAUUUCUGUCGACACUGUAGUAUUCUGUUUUGGAAGGACUACCACCUUGCUUUGUUACUCCAGGAUACAGGACACCCCUGCACAGCCAGCGAUCCAAACACCUGUCUCAUGCCAGUAUCUCCUCAACAUUUCAUUGAUCUCUUCAAAUUUUGAGAUGUUCAGUAGCUGUUCUCCUGUGUUUGUGGCCAUUUUUGUGAAGAGUCAGGCAGGAUAUGUUAUGCUUUUUGUGCAAUAUAUUUAAGUGUAAUGUUUUAUUGUGGUUUAAAAAAAUUAAUGGAGGAGAUUAUCAGAGAGGUUCAUUUGGCAUAUUGCUUUUGUGCAGAACAGAGAGGAAGAAAGGAGAAACAUUAAGAAAAUUUCAUUGUCAGGAAAUCUCCAGUGGACUUCUUUUCAAGUCCAAGAAAGAUCACUUUAAUCUCAACUUUAAAUCCAUGCUUUUGACGCCUUAAUAGUUGGUUAAAAUUAUGUAGGGGAGUUUUGAAAAUUUCAUGGAGGAAUUAAACUACUCUUGCAGGGACCAAAGGAGGGUUUUUUUUUUAAUCCUUCUUUCUAUAAGCCAUGGUUUUCAAAACACCUCCAUAUAAUUUGCACUAUUAUAAAGAACAGGCCAAUAUUCUCUUAGACUCUUACUACAUCAUUAAGAAGGUGGCAUUAUCUAUUAUAAGCUAUAAUAGAGUGAGUAAAAUAUAACUGAAGUUAUAUCUGCUGUUGAACCUAUAUGAAUGAAGGAAAUCAACCAAUUUUUGUACAUACAUUAUGCAAAAAUAUUUAUUUUUCUUAAGGACUUUAUUAAACAUUUAACCUAUCUUAGCACAUCUUGCAGAACUCGUGAGACCAAUCUGGGGCUACUGUAAUUCUUUCUGAUGGUAGCUACAGCCUUCAUUUAUACUGUUUGGAAUGUCUACAAGUGCAACUGCAUUAAUUCAUCUUCUAAGAAGAAGACAUUAUUGAAAUUUAAUGAGGAUGUAGUUGCUUGUUUCUAGACUGGUACAGUGGCAGAACACUAUGCUACCAAAUGAGGUUCUAACCUGACAGGCUAUGAGAAACACUGAAAGUCAGUCUGAGCUGGAGCAUCUUCUGCCAAGUUAAUCAGAUGAUAAAUUCUCCAGGAAGCUAUUCUAUCCUGUAGAAAAAAAAAUAAAUUGCUUGGGUUAAGCAGGUAAAGGAAAAAUUAUGGAAGUUUUGGAUUUGUCAAUGAAAUUUAACAAUAUGUAAUGUACAGAAAAAAUAAAUCAUGUACCAUAUUCUGCACUUGCUUGUUCUGAAUCCAGUUUGUACAGUGUAAUAAAUCAUGUUUUUAUCUGUUA